CAGGCCGCCAUUUCUUGGCGUCUCCAGAGGAGUCGCCCCCUACUCAGUCACGCUCGGGACCUCUACCCUCGCGUCGCCGGCUCUCCGCGCCGCCUUAGCCACCGCGCCUCCGUCCCCAGCCCAGUGACAAAAAUGCUGAGCUUCUUCUGUAGAACACUUGGGCGUCGGUCAAUGCGUAAACAUGCUGAGAAGGAACGACUCCGAGAAGCUCAGCGAGCUGCCACACACAUUCCUGCUGCUGGAGACUCUAAGUCCAUCAUCACGUGUCGGGUGUCUCUUCUGGAUGGUACUGAUGUUAGUGUGGACUUGCCGCUCUUUGAUCAGAUAAUGUACCAUUUGGACCUUAUUGAAAGUGACUAUUUUGGACUGAGAUUUAUGGAUUCUGCACAAGUAGCACACUGGCUAGAUGGUACCAAGAGCAUCAAAAAGCAAGUAAAAAUUGGCUCACCCUAUUGUCUGCAUCUUCGAGUUAAAUUUUAUUCCUCAGAACCAAAUAAUCUUCGUGAAGAGCUAACACGGUAUUUAUUUGUUCUUCAGUUAAAACAAGAUAUUCUCAGUGGAAAAUUAGAGUGUCCCUUUGAUACAGCAGUUCAGUUGGCAGCUUAUAAUCUGCAAGCUGAACUUGGUGACUAUGAUCUUGCUGAGCAUAGUCCUGAACUUGUAUCUGAGUUCAGGUUCGUGCCGAUUCAGACUGAAGAGAUGGAGCUGGCUAUUUUUGAGAAAUGGAAGGAAUACAGAGGUCAAACACCAGCACAAGCUGAAACCAAUUACUUGAAUAAAGCCAAAUGGUUAGAAAUGUAUGGGGUUGAUAUGCAUGUGGUCAAGGCUAGAGAUGGGAAUGACUAUAGCUUGGGACUGACUCCAACAGGAGUCCUUGUUUUUGAAGGAGAGACCAAAAUUGGCUUAUUUUUUUGGCCCAAGAUAACCAGAUUGGAUUUUAAGAAGAAUAAAUUAACCCUGGUGGUUGUAGAAGAUGAUGAUCAGGGCAAAGAGCAGGAACAUACAUUUGUCUUUCGACUGGAUCAUCCAAAAGCAUGCAAACAUUUAUGGAAAUGUGCUGUGGAACAUCAUGAAACUGGUUCAGUGACCAAAAAAAGGAACAAAACUGUCCAUCUCCCCAGGAGACGGCUGAUUCUUGAAGACAUCGAAGAACAACAGACCAAGAAUAGCCAAGACAGUUCCAAAGAAAAACAAGCAUUUGCUGCCACAUUCUCGAUGCCUUCACUGCCGUUCACAGUCUUCUUUCAAGUUGGGAGUGAGAAGCUAAUGAAAUUCAGGAAGAACAACAUAAAUGCAAUCUCACCCCCAAGGAAAAAUGCAGUUCUUCAUUUUGGGGAAGAUUGA